AUGGUUGCCAACUUCUCCAAGAAAAGAAAGCUUGUCGCUGACGGUGUCUUCUACGCCGAACUUAACGAAUUCUUCACCAGAGAGCUUCCUGAAGAGGGAUACGCUGGUGUCGAGGUCAGAAUCACCCCAACUAAGACCGAGGUUAUCAUCUCUGCCACCAACACCCAAAGAGUUCUUGGUGAGAAGGGUAGAAGAAUCAACGAGUUGACUUCCCUCAUCCAAAAGAGAUUCAAGUUCGCUCCAGGCACCAUUGUUUUGUUCGCUGAGAGAGUUCAAGAAAGAGGUCUGUCUGCCGUCACUCAAUGUGAGUCCCUCAAAUACAAAUUGCUGAACGGUUUGGCUGUCAGAAGAGCUGCUUACGGUGUUAUCAGACAUGUGAUGGAGUCCGGCGCCAAGGGUGUUGAGGUUGUCAUCUCUGGUAAGUCCAAGGGAGCUAGAGCCAAGUCCAUGAAGUUUGGUGACGGUUUCAUGAUCCACUCUGGUCAACCAGUCAACGACUUCAUUGACGUUGCAACCAGACACGUUUUGUUGAGACAAGGUGUUUUGGGUAUUAAGGUUAAAAUCAUGAAGGACCCAGCUACCAACAGAAGAGGUCCAAAGGCUCUUCCAGAUUCUGUUGUUGUCUACGAUCCAAAGGAGGACCAGCAGGUUGCUGAGCCUUACGUUAACGACUUCAAGCCAGUUGCUGAGGAGGCUGUUGAGGCUUGA